CACAAUCCUAGCUAGCUUGUUCGGCCUAACCUCCCCACGCAUCCGAUAGCUAUGGCCGCUACAAAUCCUUCCUACUACGAGAGUGGUGUUUGCCAGGACAUCCGGCAGAAAGAGCAUCGCUUCCACUUAUACAUGAACCAGCGAGGGGAAGAAUCACCAGAUGGUGGUAACCAAAAGAUUGUUGUCAGUCCAGGGCUUUCUCAAGGGUUUGGAAUAACCGUUGUUAAUGACUGGACCGUAAGUGAUGGUCCUGCCCCUAAUGCAAACAUUGUUGCACGUUGCCGAGGCAUGCAAAUGGGUGAUGGUAAAGCGAACCAGAAUUGGUUAUUUUGUCACAGCAUAAUGUUCACCGACUCAAGGUUUAAGGGGUCAAGCCUUAAGGUGCUUGGAGAUUUUGAAGCCAAAACUGAUGGUGAAUGGGCAAUCGUAGGUGGGACACGAGAGUUUGCCUAUGCACAAGGUGUUGUCACUGCAAAAAUAAUCCAGGAUCUUCUUACUACUACUGGGCGUAUCUGGGAGCUUCGUAUCAGUGCUUUCUGUCUCUGCAUCUCUGACUGGUGA